GCCUCUUAUACCAGUUAUAUUAACAUGUAAAGUGUCAGUGUACAAAUAAUGAGUGAUACUGUCCUAAUUUGAAAUUGUAAAGGUUACUUCCUAAACAGUUUGGUGAUUAACUGCUAUUUUUAAAGAACGAGGCAUGAAAGAGGUCUGUUUUUUCUCAUUGUUCUGAAUUAUUUUCCCCAACCCCCGUACAUUUAUCGAAAUCCGCUAUCCGCACGCAAGCGCACGUCGCCCCAGUUUCUUCGUCCGUCUAGUUAUCUGUGAAUUCCUUCCCCAACCAUCAGCAGCCGCUUCGAUUGUUCAUGUUUACGUACCGCGUUAUCUGCGCUAUGUUCAUUGCGACAAUCGAAAAACGCCAUUCGCCGGCGUGAGUUGUUUGCCGGACGAUUAUCAUUUGGAUAACCGCAGGCAUGGGCGAUGUACAGAAACGCGUUCCCCACGUCAGGGUGGUCGUGGACGAAAACGACGUCGAGAGGGGCGCUAUGAGGAUACUGGAACAGAUCCGGCCCAGGUGGGAAAAGGACAGCGUCGAGUUUAAGCUGUUGACAGAUGGCAUAACCAACAAACUGGUGGGAUGCCGACCCGCAGAGGCUGAAGAAUCCGAAACUGUGCUGGUCAGGAUCUACGGCAAUAAGACAGACUUGCUCAUAGACCGGAAGGCCGAAACUCGAAACUUCAUACUCCUCAACAAAGUGGAUCUAGCUCCGGACCUAUAUGCCACUUUCGAUAACGGUUUGGCGUACAGGUUUAUACCGGGAAACACCCUGGACCAGGAGACUGUGAGGGACCCACACAUCUACAGGUUAGUGGCGAAGAGGAUGGCAAAACUGCAUAAAGUUAAGGUAAAAGGAGAAGAGCACCCCCAGCCUUUCUUGUGGGAUAAGAUGAGCAGUUUCCUGGAGUUGGUACCCGAUGUGUUCAGCGACAGCAAAAAAAAUGAAAGAUACCGAGAAUGCAUAAUGUCAAAGGCGCAGAUAGAAGGGGAGUUGCGAGAACUGAGGAACGCUCUAAAAAAUUCCGAUAGCCCCGUGGUCUUCGCCCACAAUGACCUGCUGUUGGGCAACGUCAUCUAUACGCAAAGCGAGGACUCCGUUACGUUCAUAGACUUCGAAUACGCUGCAUUCAGUUAUCAGGCCUACGACAUCGGUAACCAUUUCGCGGAAUUCGUGGGUAUAGGAACAGAUCUGGAUUAUUCUCUGUACCCUGAUAAAGAAUUACAAACCGACUGGAUCAGGACGUACCUUGCGGAAUACCACGGAAGGGAGCCCAAGGAAGAAGAAGUAGAAAAAUUGUACGUUCAAGCCAACCAAUUCGUGUUGGCCGCCCAUCUUUUUUGGGGCAUUUGGGCGCUUAUCCAAGCCGAACAUUCCUACAUAGAUUUCGACUACAUGGAAUACGCCGAUUUAAGAUUGAGAGAAUAUUUCGCCAAAAAAUCUGUCUGCGCGUUAUUCAACGGAUCAAGUUAAUGUCUCAAUAAGAUGAUUUAAAGAAUCAAGCUUUUAUUUUAACUGAAAUCUAAUUCUGGACAAUAAUUUAGUAUUAAUUGCUAUAGGAAAUACUGUUUUCAAAGGAAUUACGGAGGGUCGAAAUUAUUACGGGAAAAUAUUGCAAAUGUUGAAUUCCAUUUAGAAAAAUGAUUAGAUAUUAUAUUGUUUUUAUUAUGUGAAGUAUUUAGCUUUUAAAUUUGUGUAUCUAUACAUUCCAAGUAUAUGUUUGCAUUCAUGUUAAUCACAUACUUUGUUGUCAUAUAUUUUAUGAAAUAAAUUUAUUUUUAAUAAAAAAA